UGAAGGGGGCGAAUCUGUCAGACAACCUACCAAUUGGGCUGAUGUGAAUGUUCCAGUCGCUUCUAACAGGCGUUAAUACCUGUUGGAAAUGGAUUCUCAUUGGCUGGGGCGAUUGAAGAUCAACAGACCAGUAUGGCUGCCACUGCUGCCGUCAGCCCCAGUGAAUACCUGCAGCCCGCUGCCUCCACUGCCCAGGACUCUCAACCAUCACCCUUAGCCCUACUUGCCGCAACAUGUAGCAAAAUUGGUCCGCCUGCAGUAGAAGCUGCUGUAGCCCCUCCUGCUCCCCCCCAGCCCACACCACGGAAACUUGUUCCCAUCAAGCCUGCCCCACUUCCCCUUAGCCCUGGCAAGAACAGUUUUGGGAUCUUAUCCUCAAAAGGGAACAUACUCCAAGUCCAAGGUUCACAACUGGGCACAUCCUACCCAGGUGGUCAGCUAGUAUUUGCUAUCCAGAACCCUACAAUGAUCAACAAAGGAGCCCGGUCCAGUGCCAACAUUCAAUACCAAGCAGUUCCUCAGAUUCAAGCAGGCAGUGGGCAAACCAUCCAAGUCCAGCCUAACCUCACCAACCAGAUCCAGAUCAUCCCUGGCACCAACCAAGCCAUUAUCACUCCCUCCCCAUCAAGCCACAAACCUGUCCCAAUCAAGCCUGCCCCCAUCCAGAAGGCUGGCUCUGGUGGCAUGGUGAAGCUUACAGGUAGUGGUGGCAAUGUGACCCUCACCCUGCCUGUCAACAACCUAGUGAGCACCCCAGACUCUGGCACCCCAACUCAGCUGCUCACUGAGAGCACUCCUGCCCCGCUGGUCAAGCCGAACAAAAAGAUGAGGAAAAAGAGCGUUUCCACCUCCUCACAGCCGGCUGUGGCGGUGGCUGAACAAGUAGAGACCGUGCUGAUUGAGACGACAGCAGACAACAUCAUCCAGGCAGGGAACAACCUCCUCAUUGUGCAGAGUCCUGGAGGGGGCCAGCCUGCCAUGGUUCAGCAGGUGCAAGUGGUACCCCCUAAGGCAGAGCAGCAGCAAGUGGUACAGAUCCCCCAACAGGCUCUUCGAGUGGUGCAGGCAGCCUCCGCUACACUCCCCACUGUCCCCCAGAAGCCCUCCCAGGACUUUCAGAUCCAAACACCUGAGCCAACACCGACUCAGAUUUACAUCAGAAUGCCUUCAGGGGAGCUGCAGACAAUACUCCUACAAGAACCCCCUUCGGUGACAGUACCCGCUGCCUCCACCACCUCUAGUAGUAGCCCUGUAGCCCGGGGCCCUCACUUGGGUGGCACCAGUAAAAAGCACUCAACUGCUGCUUCUCGAAAGGAACGGCCCCUGCCAAAGAUUGCUCCUGCUGGAGGCAUCAUCAGCCUGAAUGCAGCCCAGCUGGCUGCUGCUGCCCAAGCUAUGCAGACCAUCAAUAUCAAUGGUGUCCAGGUCCAGGGUGUGCCUGUCACAAUCACCAACACCGGAGGGCAGCAGCAGCUCACUGUCCAGAAUGUUUCUGGGAACAACCUGACCAUCAGUGGCCUGAGUCCUACACAGAUUCAGUUGCAGAUGGAACAGGCGCUGGCAGGAGAGGUCCAGCCUGGGGAGAAGAGGCGUCGAAUGGCUUGUACUUGCCCCAACUGCAAGGAUGGGGAGAAAAGGUCUGGAGAGCAGGGUAAAAAGAAGCAUGUGUGCCAUAUCCCUGACUGUGGAAAGACCUUCCGAAAGACCUCAUUGCUUCGUGCCCAUGUUCGCCUGCAUACCGGAGAGCGGCCCUUUGUCUGUAAUUGGGUCUAUUGUGGAAAGAGGUUUACUCGUAGCGAUGAACUCCAGCGGCACGCACGGACCCAUACAGGUGACAAGCGUUUCGAGUGUGCCCAGUGUCAGAAGCGCUUCAUGAGGAGUGACCACCUAACCAAGCAUUACAAGACCCAUCUGGUCACAAAGAAUUUGUAAAGUCAACAGCAAGCCAUUGGAGGCCCUGCAGAUUCAACUCCAGUUCAGCCUGGGCCCCCUAGUCAGAGACACCAUGGCUGAUUCCUUGCCCCUUUAUUCCCUGACUGCAGCCCUGGAGAGAGGGGCUUCAGUAACCAUGUUUCCUCCUUCCUAAGCCAUUUGGCUGCCACAACAGCCCCUCUUUCCUCCCCCAUAAACUCCUGGCCCAGAUCCCGGACAUUGGCCAUGUACAAUGAGACGUUCUAAACCAGGACGAAUGGGAACCUUUAUUUCCAAAGGAAAAACAUGAAUUUCACUCCGUCGAGGAGCCAAGUGAGAAUCCCCUUCUUUUCUCCUCUCCCAUCCCAUAGCACUGAUGUGGCCCAGGGCAGGGGAGCCAAAAAGGAGACACAUCCCCCUUUGCUGCUGUCCUUCCUGUGGGGUCUGGCAUACCCUACUCCCACCUGAGGGCAGCAUGGCAGCAACAUAAAGAACACUUGGGACAUGGUCCCAGAGCCCCUAUUUGAGGGCCACCCACAGAGAAAGUGGGAAGGACACCUGCCUCCCCCCCCCAAAAAAAAAAACAAAAAACAAAAUACUUUCUUCCAGCACAUUCCAACUUUAUAUUUUAAAUAUAUAUAUAACCACAGACUCCUCCUGAUCUUCCCUGUUUUUCUAUGAAGAACGUUGCCUUAUACUCUACUUCAGAUAAUGAACACUGUGUAUUGUGUGCGCUUUUAAAUAAUUUUAUUUAAUUGCUCCCUUCUUCCUUUCCUUAUUUUUCCUCUUCCCCCAUUCCUCUUUUUCAGUUUGGGGUUGGUGGGGGUGGG